AUAAAAACUAUGCAAAAAUGAAUCCGUUCGAAUCUCUUAUUCAAAGAUGGAAUGUAAUACCAAGAGCUUUGGAUGUAGCGCUGUCAACGGAUGCGAUGCAAUCUAUUAUUCACUCUACAGAUCAGUAUGACGUCAUAAUAACUGAUUUGAGUUUCUACCAGUCUUGUAUCGUUGCUCUCGGUCACAAAUUCAAUGCACCGGUGAUAAAUAUUAGUCCAACCGCACCAUCCAGCUAUGCCGCAAGCGUAUCUGGAAACCCAAUUCCGUUUUCCGUCGUGCCAAGCAAAUGGGCUGCCCUUCCGGGUGGGAUGAAAUUCUUUGAUCGGGUCUUCAACACUCUCAUCAGCUCCUGGGAUUUACUCGGCGAAUUUUUUUACGUGCAGCCAAAACAAGAAAUUUUGAUGAGAAAGCACUUCACUUAUGCCGGCUCCGAGGAUUUACCACCGCUUCGUGAAAUGCUCCAAAACGUAUCGAUCACGCUCGUAAACUCGCAUUUCUCACUCGGUAUCCCUCGAUCCUACGCCCCGAAUAUGGUAGAAGUCGGUGGAUUCCACAUUCAACCGAAAAAAAGGCUGGCAGACAAUUUGGAGAGAUUCAUGAACAAGGCUAAAAAUGGAGUGGCUUACGUUAGUUUUGGCACACUAGUGCAACCGCAUCAUCUGAGCAACGAGAAAUUAUUACUAAUUAGCACAGCACUACGGAAAUUAAAACUACACGUUAUUCUGAAGUGUAACUAUCUCUCAGAUGCUGAUCUUCAAAAUGCUGAGGGUGUGUUACUUUUACACUGGGCUCCUCAACAAGAAAUUUUAGCUCAUCCAAAUUGUGUCUUAUUCGUGACACAUGGGGGUUACAACAGUUUGAUCGAGGUGACAUGGGCCGGUGUUCCAGUUCUCUGUAUUCCUAUCUUCUCUGAUCAAUUUCACAAUGCUCAAAUUGUUGAGGAGAGUGGCGUUGGAAAGAUACUAUACCAGGACCAGCUCACUGAAGCCAUUUUGGCUGAGACUGUUGACUCAAUAAUUCAUGAUGCUAAUUUCAGGAACCGAGCGAAGGAACUUUCCGACAUUAUCAAAGACCGCCCCGAGUCGCCCAUGGAGAGAGCCAUAUUUUGGAUAGAGUAUGUAGUGCGGCAUAAAGGGGCCCACCACUUGAAACCAGCCUCUGUCUAUUUAAAUUGGUACGAGGACAUGCUCUUGGACGUUAUAGCUGUUUUGCUACUGGCAACGUUUGUAAUACUGCGAGGGCUUGGUAAACUAUUCAAUGCGUGUAAAAAAAUUGGAAAAUCUAUCUCUGUUCCAACUGCGUUCAAAUUCUCAACCGAAGCCAAAGAAAAAAGUAUCUGAAAAUAUUUGAAAUGUUUGUUAGAAAAAAGAAAAAGUGGAUUGAAGGACCAUUGACGGCUUCCUAAAAUCUCACUCUAUCGUGAGGUAACCAUACUGCUCUUCCUGUGAUUGGAAAAAAAUGACGGAACAAGCGGAGGUACGGCCCAUGACCCUCAACAUAAUGCUAGGCGGAAAAUGCAGAUAGUACAAAGAUGAGAGUGUAAAACGAAGCGGGGUGCAGGUGAGGUCUACGAGAUGAACGAAAGCCCAACCUGAGAGUAUCUAAUUGAAUCUUUGAAUGAAGCUGGCACACGUGAAUUAAUAAAGGCAGGCGGAUGAUUUUAGGUUGAAUGAGAGCAACAGCUCAUGAGUCUAACGGCCGGUUAAGUGAUUCCAUCAAGAUCUAGAUGGAACAGCGUUGCCGUACUCAACCCUUUCACUCCACGUCACUCGUUUUUCCGUGACAUAAGUCUUUUUAAGAACAGUGAUAUCAC